GCUCUGGCUGGUAGGGGAUGCUCCGGCCACGUGAGGCGAGGAACCAAAGCGAAGGUUAGAGGUAUGAAGGCAGUUUGGAGCCGGGGCUGAGCGGCUGUCGAGCAGUCAGAUCAUGCGCUCGACCAAGCACUGGGGGGAAUGGUUCCUGAACCUGAGCGUGCCCCCCGCCGGGGUGUUUGGUGUGGCCUUCCUUGCCCGAGUCGCCCUCGUUUUCUAUGGGGUCUUCCAGGACCGGACCCUGCUAGUGAGGUAUACAGACAUCGACUACCAGGUCUUCACGGACGCCGCGCGCUUCGUCACGGAAGGGCGCUCCCCUUAUCUGAGGGCGACCUACCGUUACACUCCGCUGCUGGGUUGGCUCCUCACCCCCAACAUCUACCUCAACGAACUCUUUGGAAAGUUUCUCUUCAUCAGCUGCGACCUCCUCACCGCUUUUCUCAUAUACCGCCUGCUGCUUUUGAAGGGACUGGGGCGCCGCCAAGCUUGUGGCUACUGUGUCUUUUGGCUUCUUAACCCCUUACCCAUGGCGGUAUCCAGCCGAGGCAAUGCGGACUCGAUCGUCUCCUCCCUGGUGCUUAUGGUCCUGUACUUAAUAGAGAAAAGACUUGUCGCGUGUGCCGCUGUAUUCUAUGGUUUCGCGGUGCAUAUGAAGAUGUAUCCGGUGACCUAUGUCCUUCCCAUAGCCCUCCACUUGCUUCCAGAACGCGACAGUGACAAAGGCCUCCGUAAAUCCCGGUAUUCUUUCCAGGCUCGUUUCUACGGAUUCCUGAAGAGGCUGUGUAAUCGGGCUGUGCUGCUCUUUGUAGCAGUUGCUGGACUCACAUUUUUUGCCCUGGGCUUUGGUUUUUACUAUAAAUAUGGUUGGGAAUUUUUGGAGCACACCUACCUUUAUCACCUGACUAGGCGGGAUAUCCGUCACAACUUUUCUCCGUACUUCUACAUGCUGUAUUUGACUGCGGAAAGCAAGUGGAGUUUUUCUCUGGGAAUUGCUGCUUUCCUGCCACAAUUCAUCUUGCUUUCAGUCGUGUCUUUCGCCUACUACAGAGACCUUGUCUUUUGUUGUUUUCUUCAUACGUCCAUUUUUGUGACUUUUAACAAAGUCUGCACCUCCCAGUACUUUCUUUGGUAUCUCUGCCUACUGCCCCUUGUGAUGCCGUUAGUAAGAAUGCCUUGGAAAAGAGCCGUAGCUCUUCUAAUGUUAUGGUUUGUAGGGCAGGCCUUAUGGCUGGCUCCUGCAUAUGUCCUUGAGUUUCAAGGAAAGAACACCUUUCUGCUUAUUUGGUUAGCUGGUUUGUUCUUCCUUCUCAUCAACUGUUCCAUCCUGAUUCAAAUGAUUUCCCAUUACAAGGAAGAACCUUUGACAGAGAGAAUCAAAUAUGACUAAUGUAUGUUCCAGAUUUUCUUCUACUGACUGUUACAUUCUGAUUGUUCUGCGUGGAUCAGAAGAUAGCUUUGGAAAAUUUUUCUGAACAUUCUAAGCACUCUAGUGAAACUUCCCUUGUUCCAACAGAAAUUAAAACCAAUGUUUGCCUUAUAUGUAAAGGGGACACAAUAAUUGAGGUCCACCCUCUAGGAAAUCUUAGGACUCACUUUUUGGGGACAUGAUGGGAAGUAAAUGUUACUUGUUUGAGAAGGGAAAGGCUGAUGAAACUAUCAGAUGAUAAAAGAUUCUUGUAGAAGAAUAGAGGAAUAUAGUUAGAGAUGUAAAGUUUAAGCCAGUAUUUGUUUCAUUAUUCUAUGCUACUAUCUUAAGCUAUCUUGUCUUUUAACCUCCACUCUUUCCUUGUAAAGCUUUCCUGACAGCUGUGGAAAUUCACAAAGUACUCCUAAAGUGUAGCUUUUUAGAUAUAAAAUGUUAAAUGCUAUGCUUAGUUGGGAAGGUUUUAAAGUGCUGUAUUAAAUGUGGGGGCUUAGAAGAUAAGUAACCCAAAGAAUUUAAAUUGUAA